UGCAGAAGCAGGAGAAACGGUGGACAGUCACAAACCGCAUUCAGUUUCGGCUCCUGUAGGAUGUCUGGAACCACCGUCGAUCAGAGACCCAAAGGACAAGGAAAUAAAGUACAAAACGGAUCAAUGCAUCAGAAGGAGGGAGUAAACGAUGAAGACUUUGAACCUUACCUAAGCAGCCAGACAAAUCAGAAUAACAGCUACCCACCAAUGUCCGACCCCUACAUACCCAGCUACUAUGCUCCUUCCAUCGGCUUCCCUUACUCCCUGGGGGAGGCCCCCUGGUCCACUGCGGGGGACCCCCCUAUGCCCUACCUGACCACCUAUGGACAGAUGAGCAAUGGCGAGCACCAUUUUAUCCCCGACGGCGUGUUCAGCCAGCCGGGCGCCCUGGGCAACACCCCUCCCUUCCUCAGCCAGCACGGCUUCAACUUCUUCCCUGGAAAUGCAGACUAUUCCACCUGGGGCACCAGUGUCUCUCAGGGCCAGUCCACACAGAGCAAUGCCUAUAGUAAUAGUUAUGGUUACACCCCUAGUUCCCUGGGGAGGGCUAUAGCUGAUGGACAGGCAGGCUUCAGCAGUGACGCCCAGAUCAGUAAGGUCCCGGUACUGAGCAGCAUCGAGCAGGGCAUGACUGGGUUAAAACUGGACAUGGGCGCCGCCGUCACCAAGACUGUCGGCUCGCCCCUUGGGGGCACGUUGGGCAUGAGUAGUAUGGCGGCCAAUAACAUGCCUCCAUUGGUUAGUUCCUCUGCCCCCAAACCCACGUCCUGGGCAGCCAUUGCCAGGAAGCCGGCCAAGCCCCAACCCAAGGUCAAGCCCAAAGCCAACAUUGGGAUGGGAGCCCCUGCCAUUCCCCCGCCUCCCAUAAAGCACAACAUGAACAUUGGCACCUGGGACGAUAAGGGCUCCGUCAACAAGCCCCCCUUAGCUCAGGCCAUGAUGCAACCUCAGACCAUGGUGCAGCAGACCCUGAUGGGCCAGCCCCAGCCCCUGCUGCAGAGCCCUCUGCCCCACCAGCACCAACACCAGCACCAACAUCAGCACCAGCAGCACCACCAACCCUUUCAGCUGCAGUCCCUCCAGUCUCCCCAACACCCCCAGCAGAUGCCUCCAGGCCCCCCUCACCACCACCAACACACCCACCAGAACUUCUCCUCCCAGCCUGGCCCCCCUCAACCUAUGCAUCAACACCAACAUCCCCAACCCCCACCCCAGAACCGCUGGGUGGCACCCCGGAACAGGGGCACCUUCAACCAAGGAGGGGCGGAAGGCUUUGGGAUGGGUGUUGGUGGGGUCCCCCUCAGUGCCUCUCCCAGCUCCGAGGUGCACCCGGUGUUAGAGAAACUGCGGGCCCUCAACAACUACAACCCCAAAGACUUUGACUGGAACCUGAAGAACGGCCGCGUGUUCAUCAUCAAGAGCUACUCUGAGGACGACAUCCACCGUUCCAUCAAGUACUCCAUCUGGUGCAGCACCGAGCACGGCAACAAGCGCCUGGACGGGGCCUACCGCUCGCUGGGGGCCAAGGGGCCCCUCUACCUGUUGUUCAGCGUCAACGGCAGCGGUCAUUUCUGCGGCGUGGCAGAGAUGCGCUCGCCCGUGGAUUACAACGCCUACGCAGGCGUCUGGUCUCAGGACAAGUGGAAGGGCAAGUUUGAGGUGAAGUGGGCAUUUGUGAAGGACGUGCCCAACAGCCAGCUGAGGCACAUCAGACUGGAGAACAAUGACAACAAGCCCGUCACCAACUCCAGGGACACUCAAGAGGUGCCUCUGGAAAAGGCCAAGCAAGUGCUUAAAAUUAUUGCCACUUUCAAGCAUACCACCUCAAUCUUUGAUGACUUUGCACAUUACGAGAAGCGCCAGGAGGAGGAAGAGGCCCUGCGGAGGGAGCGGAAUAGAAAUCAACAGUAACUUUAGAGAGAACUCCUUGCUAGAGGUACAACACUAACGACGUAUGACCUUAAAUAAUUAGCCUAACUACGCAGAAGAAAGGGUCCUGCCAUCUUUUCUGCUGAAGACAACAACAAAGAGGCCAUAUCUCACGAUGUGAACACGACGAUGGACUCACCUGUGUCAGUUCUCUGGUGCAUCAAUCUACCCCAGUGUUCCUGUCUCUGAAGAAAAAUAAAGAACAUUACUCACUUUAAAGUCUCUCUUUAAGCACUUUCAGUCCACCUAAAGCAGCCUCUACCAAUACCCUUUACUCUCUAAUAACUCUUAUAUCUCACUUAUAUCUCUCUUUCUGGACUUCUGUUUGUAAUAACUGACUAACCAGUGUAGUUAGUUUUUCUGAGGAUUUUACCAGACUUGUAGUUUUUUGUUUCGUUUUUUUUAAUGCCUCCAAAAUAUUGGGGAAGAAGAUGUGUUCUCCCCUCCCCCUCGAUGUGUUCUCCCCUCCCCCUCGAUGAGCGUUAGCGCCCUCAGAAGAGAUUCUAACAUAUAACAUGUAUAACAACAUAUUUGACUUGAAUCUACACUCAGCUUGUGAUUGAUUGACAGGUGAGGGGAAGGACAGGAAACGGCCAUAAUCAUGCCAAUCAGUAGAUGGACCCCCCUUACUCCUGCCCCUUUGUUUCUGCAUCUUUUUCUGUGUACCAAAAGAUGAGGUGGAUGAUGUAGUGAGCUGGGCUGGGUGAAUGCCAGUUAAUGAGCUGGGCUGGGUGAAUGCCAGUUAAUGAGCUGGGCUGGGUGAAUGCCAGUUAAUGAGCUGGGCUGGGUGAAUGCCAGUUAAUGAGCUGGGCUGGGUGAAUGCCAGUUAAUGAGCUGGGCUGGGUGAAUGCCAGUUAAUGAGCUGGGCUGGGUGAAUGACAGUUAAUGAGCUGGGCUGGGUGAAUGCCAGUUAAUGAGCUGGGCUGGGUGAAUGACAGUUAAUGAGCUGGGCUGGGUGAAUGACAGUUAAUGAGCUGGGCUGGGUGAAUGACAGUUAAUGAGCUGGGCUGGGUGAAUGCCAGUUAAUGAGCUGGGCUGGGUGAAUGCCAGUUAAUGAGCUGGGCUGGGUGAAUGCCAGUUAAUGAGCUGGGCUGGGUGAAUGCCAGUUAAUGAGCUGGGCUGGGUGAAUGCCAGUUAAUGAGCUGGGCUGGGUGAAUGCCAGUUAAUGAGCUGGGCUGGGUGAAUGCCAGUUAAUGAGCUGGGCUGGGUGAAUGCCAGUUAAUGAGCUGGGCUGGGUGAAUGCCAGUUAGUGAGCUGGGCUGGGUGAAUGCCAGUUAAUGCACAUGUUCCUUUUUUCUCUCCUGAUUAUUAUGUCAUUCUCAAGUCCAUUUUGUCUGAGGAGAAAUCUGCUCCACGGUAACGGUUGCCUUGGUAGCUGUCAGUAUCUUCAGGCUAAAGCUGGGGCCUGUUCAGGAGGUUGCAAUGUUACACAACAUUCAGAUAGAAAAUGUGUCCAAUAGAUUUGAUUCUCUGUCAUGUAGAUGAGAACAGGAAAUUGUUUUAGCUUUAAACAUUACGUUUCUAUCAGCAGUGUUGUGCAACGUUUCACCUGACUGAACAGGCUUCAGGCUCUCUGUCUCUGAAGAACUCUGUAAUGCUUUUGGGAUGACCCUCCCUGGUGUUCCUGGGUCCAGGUAUAAGUUACUGUUAACCACAUAUCUGGGACCAGAUGCUCUACCCCAUCUCCUAACCUAAACCAUUAGGGGGAUUAAAAUAUAUCUGGUCCUGGAUCAGUGGUUAGGAGUGAUUUUUGCCUACUGCCGAUUGCUGCUUGGUUACAGAGGGGUAUCCCAAAAGCUGAACAUCACCAAGGAAAUGAGCGUUUCUCCUCAAGGUGAUUCACUAGCGAAAAAUAAACAUUUCCCAUGUUUAGCAUAACAAACGCUUCUGCGAUGUGUCUUCUUGCGGUCUGUUGUGUGUAUGUGAUUGUAUCGAUGUGUGAGCAAUAACCCUGUCAUUCAUUUUCUGUUUCUGCACUUGGAUGAUCCUAAUAUUACAGAAUUUUUACUGACACCAAGACACAUCACAGGCUGUGCCCCAACACUCUAGCAUGGCUUCCUCCACUCCUCCAUCUAGAUUGAUACUGUAGGGCAGGGAUCAUCAGCUAGAUUCAACCGCGGGACAAUUAUUUUUUUGAGCAGAUGGUUGGUGGGCUGGAACAUAAUUACAAAUCAUUUGUAGACUGCAAAUUGAUGGCAAGAAGCCCAAACAGAUAUAAUAUUUGACUUAAACAUAAUCAUUUUAAACCUUGCUUACAUUUGUAUACAUUCAUGUCUCUAUUAUGCGUGGGAAUACUUUGGAACAUAUUUCCUAAAUUAAAAUAACUUUUAGCUGAUUUCCUGGUGAUUUAUGUCUUUUAUGUCCAACAAUGAAAAUAAUGUAUAUGUACUGUAUCAUUGUUUGAAUAUGUACAGUACCAGUCAAAAGUUUGGACACACCUACUCAUUCAAGGGUUUUUCUUUAUUUUUACUAUUUUCUACAUUGUAGAAUAAUAGUGAAGACAUCAAAACUACAAAAUAACACAUAUGGAAUCAUGUAGUAAGCAGAAUGUGUUAAACAAAUCAAAAUAUAUUUGAGAUUCUUCAUUGUAGCCACCCUUUGUCACCUAGAAUGCAUUUCAAUUAAAAGGUGUGUCUCGUU